AUGGGAGGAAGAUUAAAUGAUUUAAUUCAAGUUGCAUAUGGUGGUAAAAAUGUAAUUUUAUCAAUGAUGAAAAAUAAAACUAGACAAACAUCAUCAGUUUUUAUAAAUAAUUUAAAUAGUUUAAAUAAUAAUAAUAAUAAUAUAUCAUUAAAAGAUAAAUUUAAAGAUUUAAAAGAUUUAAAAGAUAAUUUAAAUGAAAAAAAGAUUAAUAAUGAUAAUGAUGAUGAUGAUGAAGAUAAUUUAAUAUUUGAUGAAAAAAAAGAUUUUUUAAAUGAAAAUAAAAAUCCAGAAUUAAAUUAUAUAAAAUCAAAAGGUCAUAAGAUUCCAUCAAGUCAAACAUCAAGAUUUUGGGAAUUUACAAAAUUAGCAGUUGGUGUUGGAGCUGGAUUUUUAGGUGAAAAAACAAAAAGAACAAUUGACUCUUCAUCGUCAUCAUCAUCACCAUCAUCAUCAUAUAGUGCAAUAUUUACAGAUACAAAUGCAGAAAGAAUGGCAGAAUCAUUUUCAAGAAUGAGAGGAGCAGCAUUAAAGAUUGGACAAGUGUUAAGUAUACAAGAUGAAUCAUUUUUACCACCAAAAUUUGUAGAGAUAUUAGAUCGUGUUAGAAAGAAUGCAAAUCCAAUACCAUUAGAACAAUUAUAUAAUACAAUGUCAAAUGAAUUGGGUGAGAAUUGGCGUAGUAAAUUCCAACUCUUUCAAGAUGAUCCAAUUGCAGCAGCAUCAAUUGGCCAAGUACAUAGAGCCAUUACAUUGGAUGGUAAAGAAGUGGCUGUCAAAGUUCAAUAUCCAGGUGUAGCCGAUUCAAUCACAAGUGAUAUUAAAAAUCUAUCAUCACUUUUAAAAAUGAUUGUACCAGAAACAGCAUACAUUGAAAAAUCAUUAGAAUCUGCAAGAUCUGAAUUAUUAUUAGAAACUGAUUACUUAAAUGAAGCUUCAAAUCAAUUAAAAUUUAAAUCACUUUUAGAGAGUAGCAUCAAUAGUGGCACCAAUGGUAGUUUUAAAUAUUUAAAAGAUUUAUAUGUACCAAAUGUAAUCAUGGAAUUAACGACUAAACGUAUUUUAACUACAGAAUUUGUACAUGGUACUUCAAUUGAUAAAAUUACAAUAGAAAAUCAUAAUCAAGAAACUCGUGAUUGGAUAUCAAAAAAUAUUUUAUCACUUUGUUUAGCAGAAUUAUUUGAAUUUAAUUUUAUGCAAGUCGAUCCUAAUUGGACCAAUUUCGUAGUUGAUUUUGAAAAUAAGAGAAUUAAUUUACUAGAUUUUGGAGCAUGUAGAAAUUAUAAAUCUGAAUUUUUAUUCAACUAUUUAAAAUCAAUUGAAGGUGGUGUUAAUAGAGAUAUAAAUCAAAUUUUAGAAUACUCUUUAAAAUUGGGUUAUUUAACUGGUGAUGAAAAUAAACAAAUGAAUGAUGCUCAAGCUAAAUCAAUUUUAAUUUUAUCUGAACCUUUUUCAAAAUUAUAUUAUAAAGAAAAUAAUUUAAAAACUUAUCCAUUUAAUGAAAAACAAAUUGCAAAAAGAAUUAGUCAACUUAUACCAACAAUGUUAAAAAAUAGAUUAAAACCACCUCCAGAAGAAACUUAUUCAUUACAUCGUAAAUUAUCUGGUUGUUAUUUAGUUUGUUCAAAAUUAAAAUCAAAUAUAAAUUCAACUUUAAUUUUUAAUCAUUUUAAAAAUAUUUUUUAUAAAAAUUAUAAAUAA